AUGAUAGAGGGAAACUUGGGUGAACUAAUUUGGGGAAGUGUAGAACUGACAUUGAAUGUUCUUUUAUUGGAUAGAUUGAGGUCGCCUUAAAAAAUGCCAGCUUAGGGAGUAUGGAGAUUGUCACUCAUUCAUGAGUACAAUAAUUACUCAGACACCAAGGUGAGAUAUGUCGUAGCCUCACUACUUACCCCAGAUAUUUAUAAAUACUUUCGUAAUUUCCAAGAUCCACUUCAAUUUAUAUAUGGGUGCUUCAUGUUCUUCGAUCUCCUUGUCAUCUUAGAGGUUAUCACUAAUACUGAAACUAUCUACGCUGCCGCUCUUCUCUUAAGAGUAUUGCGCAUCGUCAAUAUACUCUAUCAAAUCCUCAAAGCUGCCAUGACUAUCAAAUUCAAGAAGACCAUCAAAUACACUCCUCCUCCUGUAACUAAGCCAUCUGAAGUAUCUCCACCUCAAUCCUUAAUCACAACCAAGGCCAACUCUCAUGAGGAAGAAUAAGAAGUAAUUAAACAACCAAAAAAACUAUUAAAUCCAUGUCAGUACUAAUUCAACAUCAGAACUUCUAAAUCUUCUGUGAUAACCAUUGCUACUAAUGAGAUUACUUAGUUGGACUCUCUUUUGGAUCAUCAACUAUACUUUGACAAAAGAACCUCGCUCAUGAUUAAGUUAAAUCUUUGUCUUAAGGCAUAUCAUCAAAAUAAUAUAAAAAAAACACCCUCAUCUGAAAUACUACUCAAACAGAUAGCCGGCUAUUAGGCUGAAUUAAUGCUCAUGCCUUAAUGA